UUUGCCUUCUCUUAAAGCCUUCUACUUCCACCUUUUCUUAUAUACUUCUUUACAUUAACAACAUCGUACGUCAUUCUAUUCACUUGUCGCUAAUGGAGCUAGAACAACCCUUCAUAUUAGCCCAACCAUGCAUGGAUCAAAGCCAAGGCAAAACCAACAACGAGGUCGGAGUGUUAUCCAAACCAAGCACAUCACAAACAUCUCAUGACUUUUGCAACCACUCCGAGUCCUUCAAGAACCUCGUAGAGAUGGGCCUGCCCUGUAAUGAAUCAGUGGAGGAAAAGCUUUGUUGGUUACGGUCCCAAAUCAUAGGCAACGAUGCAGAGUUCGAUUCUCCAUUUGGAAAACGUAAAGCUGUCUAUGCUGAUCACACAGCUUCAGGCCGCAGCCUUCACUACAUCGAAAACUUCAUCAUCAAUCACCUUCUUCCUUUCUAUGGUAACACGCAUACGUGCGACAGUUACGUGGGAAGCAGGACAACAAAAAUGGUACACGAAGCAAAUGAGUACAUAACAAAAUGUUUAGGUGGUGGGAAAGAUGAUGCACUCAUAUUAUGUGGUUCAGGCACAACUGCAGCCAUCAAGAGGCUGCAAGAAGUGAUGGGAAUCGCUGUGCCCUCUAUUUUGAGGGAAAGGGUUUUGCAGAACCUUGGCACAGAAGAAAGAUGGGUGGUUUUUGUUGGACCCCAUGAACACCACUCAAACCUCCUUUCUUGGAGGCAAAGUUUGGCUGAGGUGGUAGAGAUUGGUCUUGAUGAUAAAGGGUUGCUUGACAUGAAUGCUCUAAGGCUACAACUUGAGAGCUACAAAGAUACCAAGCGACCUAUGUUGGGAUCUUUCUCAGCUUGUAGCAAUGUCACUGGGAUCCACUUAGAUACACGUGCAGUUGCUCAGCUUCUUCAUAAGUACAAAGCCUUUGCAUGCUUUGAUUUCGCAGCCAGUGGUCCUUACGUGGAGAUUGACAUGAGGUCGGGGAAGAGUGAUGGUUAUGAUGGUGUGUUCCUAAGUCCACAUAAGUUUCUUGGUGGUCCUGACUCUCCUGGGGUGCUCCUCAUGAACAAGGCCCUGUACCUGCUAGGAUCUUCACCACCCUCCACUUGUGGAGGUGGAACUGUGACCUAUGUCAAUGGCUUCAAUGAACAGGAUACAUUAUACUUGGAGAACAUAGAGGAAAGGGAAACUGGGGGCACGCCUCCAAUAAUCCAGACGGUGAGAGCAGCAUUGGCAUUUUGGGUGAAAGAGUACAUAACAUGUGAAGUGAUUGAAAAACGAGAACAAAUGUACAUUAACAAGGCACUUGACAAGCUUAGCUCAAACCCGAACAUUGAGGUUCUAGGAAACUUGAAGGCCAAGAGACAAGCUAUAUUAUCAUUUCUGAUAUACUCUACCACCAAUUCUUCCUCAUUAGCUAGUGAGUGGAGUGAUGGUAACCAGGAAAAUGAAGGGGAACUUGAUUUGUGGGCAGAAACGGGGAACCAAAGAGGUAAGCCACUUCAUGGCCCUUUUGUUGCAACGUUGCUCAAUGACCUCUUUGGGAUCCAAGCUCGAGGUGGAUGUGCUUGUGCCGGACCUUAUGGCCAUGAAUUGCUCCACAUCAACAAGUCUCAAUCACUUGCCAUUAGAUCAGCAGUUCAAGAGGGCUAUAUUGGAGUAAAGCCAGGGUGGACCCGAGUUAGUUUUCCUUACUACAUGAGUGAAGAGGAUUUUGAGUACAUUCAGAAAGCCAUAGAGUUUUUGGCUGUGUAUGGCCAACGAUUCAUUCCUCUUUAUAGCUUCAAUUUGAUGAAUGGGAGCUGGAGAUUGAAGACAGAGAAAUUCGAGGCACUAACCAAGGAAAGCAAUUGCAACUUUCCUAGUCAUGAUAUUGGAGUUAAGGUGACGAGAAGGGAUGAAUCAUACUUUGAUGCGGCUAAGUGUAUUGCUAGUAGCCUCCCUAAAUUCCCUUCUCAAAAUAUAUUCCAGGGGAACGUGGAUCCCAAUAUAUUCGGCUUUAGAGUUUAAUUAUAUUCUCAAUAGUACAGCCACAUCAUGUGUUCAAUUUCGAUGUACAAAUAUUUCACGAUACUUCCCAUUGCCUUUGUACGAUGAUUGAGAUUUAUACUUCCCGACACCCCUUCUGGUCUCUAGAUUUUAAAUACCAAGAAGUUGUUUGUUCAUUUGUCACUUAUGAUUUUUAAUAAAAACAACAUUCAAUUCUACCUUGA